AUGUCAGCUGUCAAUGAUACAAAAUUAAAAUCUGUAAUAUUCCUUCUCUCCGGGCUACCAAGUCAUGGAGAUGCACAUCUCUGGAUUUCUGUCCCCUUCUGCUUCAUGUAUGUUAUUUCGAUAGUAGGAAAUUCACUCAUUCUGUUCAUUGUAAAAACAGAUCGAAGCCUGCAUGAGCCCAUGUACAUUUUCCUUUCCAUGUUGGCCAUCACAGACCUUGGCAUAUCGAUAACCACCAUACCGACGAUAAUGGGCAUAUACUUGUUUAACUCAAGGGAGAUCAGCCUCGAUGCCUGUUUAGCCCAGCUCUUCUUCAUCCACUUGCUUCAAUGCAUUCAAUCCUCUGUGCUGUUGUUAAUGGCCUUUGACCGCUUCAUUGCAAUUUAUAACCUGCUGAGAUAUGCUUCCAUUUUAAACCUAUCGAGAAUAGCCAAGAUGGGACUGGUGGCUGUGCUAAGAGCGAUGGUCAUAAAACUUCCACUUCCCUUUCUCCUGAAACAGUUCCAAUACUGUCGAGCCAAUGUCCUCUCCCAUUCCUACUGCCUGCACCGGGAGGUCAUGAAGAUGGCUUGUUCAGAUAUCACAGUCAACAGCAUCUAUGGAUUGUUUACUAAACCCUUAUCAAUGGGGUUGGACUCGCUGCUCAUCUUCCUCUCUUAUGUGAUGAUCCUCAAAACAGUGCUGAGCAUCGCGUCCUACAAGGAGUCCCUGAGGGCCCUGAACACCUGCGUCUCCCACCUCUGCGCUCUCCUACUCUUUUUCAUACCAGAGAUCAGCUUGUCUCUGAUACACAGAUUCGGGGAGGGCUCUGAUCCCUUACUUCAGAUUCUCCUAGGCUACAUUUCCCUGCUUCUCCCACCGAUGAUGAAUCCAAUCGUGUACAGCGUGAAAAGCAAACACCUUUGUGUGAGGAUGAUCAGGGUGUUCAUCAAGUGAAGGGUCAGUUCACCACCUGGGUCCAGUGACAUGGGAGACAAAAAACAUGGGUCAGCUGUUCCAUCCUGGACCCCUACAUCCGAGAUGACAUGAGUUAUUGAUCUCCACUAUACAGAGAGGUUCAGACGGGGUCUAAGCCUGGUGAGGGAGGACAGUGAUGGUGAGGGAGGACAGGGCACUGGGGA